AGCAAAAUCUUGGCUUUUGGUUUUGGGAGUGAGUAUUUCCGUGUCCAAUUCUGUAAAAAGAAAGAAAAAAAAAAGGAAAAAAAAAAAGAAGCUCCAUUUUCUUGAUUCCUUUUCUUUGUUGGUGUCUGUGCAAAAGGAUUUUUCUUUUCGGCCUAGAACUCAGUUUUCAGCACGCGGCCUCAUUUAUUUCACCUCACAUUUGUUAACCACUGCAUCUUUAAUUCAAAAAUAUUAAAAAAAGAAUAUCCAAAAGGAGAUAGUGAAUGAGCUUUUGCUUCACAUUUUGGUGCAUUAUUUGAGCCUUAGUGAAAGCUAUACGGAGAGAUGCUCAUUGUCUACCGUUUUGGUGGUUGAUUCAUCUGAUACCGAGAUGCUGUUUUCCGUUGCAGGUGUUUCCGGACUCCAUGGGCUCUGCCGCCGACCAAGGAAACAGCCUCCUCUCUGGCUCUCUUCCCAUUCAAGUGAUCCAUUUCUUUAAAAACUCUGAAUCUGUAUUAAACCCCCAUUCCCUAUUCUCUCUCUAAAAAGUGAAUAAAAAGUUGCUUCUUGCCUCGUUGGUUGUCAAGAUUCGGUCAUACGAAGCAUAUAUCCUUUCACCUCUUUUAGAUCCCAUCACUUUUUCCCCCUCUGGAAGCUCAAGAAAUUGGCCAUAUUGAGAUAAUUGGUCCCCACCUCUAGGCCUUCUACAUUUUACCAUUUCCAGGCCUUCUUUCCUCGAUUCGGGUCCCUGUCGGAUCGUUGGGGAUGCUCGAAAGUCAAUCUGGCCUAGUGCAUUUUGCUGUGUUUAGUUGAGUAGUGUGGAAGCAUAGUGGUGUUUCCCCCGUCCCCUUUUUCUUGAAGUAUCUGAGGUGGGAUAGAUCUUUGAGUCUGGCAGGAUGAAGUUUAUGAAGCUUGGAUCCAAGCCUGAUACCUUUCAGACUGAUGGGAACAGCGUCAGAUAUGUGGCUAGUGAGUUGGCUACAGAUGUUAUUGUUCAUGUUGGCGAUGUUAAGUUCUACCUUCACAAGUUUCCUCUUCUCUCUAAAUGUGCACGGUUACAGAAGUUGGUUUCUUCGGGUAAUGAAGGAAAUGGCGAUGAGGUCAAGAUUGAUGAUAUUCCAGGCGGUGCAAGUGCCUUCGAAGUUUGUGCCAAGUUCUGUUACGGGAUGACUGUAACCCUAAACGCUUAUAACGUUGUUACGACCCGUUGUGCUGCUGAGUAUCUCGAGAUGCACGAGACGGUAGAGAAAGGUAACCUCAUCUACAAGGUGGAUGUUUUCCUCAACUCUGUGAUUUUCAGGAGCUGGAAGGACUCUAUCAUAGUUGUUCAGACUACGAAAUCCACGUCCCCGUUGCCCGAGGAAGUGAAAAUAAUCAGCCAGUGCAUCGAUGCUAUCGCUUCCAAGGCAUCCGUUCAUGUGUCUAAGGUGGAUUGGUCCUACACAUACAACCGGAAGAAGAUUGCUGAGGAGAACGGGAAUGACCCCAGCUGGAACGGCCUCAGGAAUCGAACAGUUCCAAGUGACUGGUGGGUCGAGGACUUGUGUGAGCUCGACAUAGAUUUGUUCAAGCGCAUUAUCAUGAAUAUUAAAAACAAACAAUUGGUAUCCAGUGAGGUGAUCGGAGAGGCUUUAAAAGCUUAUGCUUACCGUAAACUACCUGGCUCCGGCAAGAACGUCAUCCAACAGAAUGAUUUGGCCAAGUAUCGCAACAUCUUGGACACCAUCGUGUGGCUGUUACCCGCAGAGAAGGGCAGCGUCUCGUGCAGUUUCUUGCUCAAGCUGUUGAAAGCGUCCAUCUCUGCUGAAUCGGGAGAAACGGUCAAGAUGGAGCUGGCAAAAAGGAUAGGGCAUCAGUUGGAGGAGGCUUCCGUCAGCGAUCUGUUGAUCCGAGCUUGUGAUGGGGAAGAGACAACGUACGAUGUCCACGUGAUCAAGAAAAUACUCGCGGAAUUCGUGACACAAGACGAGAACUCUGUGGCCGAGAUGGAAAAUGGCUGUGAGAUUCAAGAGAUGAUGAGGCCUGGGAUCCUCUCCGAAGCUUCGAAGCUGAUGGUGGCAAAGCUCGUCGACGGCUACCUCGCGGAGAUUGCAAAGGAUCCUAACCUACCACUUGCUACCUUCACCGGGAUUGCGGAGAUCGUCUCGAGCUAUCCACGACCGGCCCACGACGCUCUAUAUCGUGCCAUCGAUACAUAUCUAAAGGUGCACCCUGGGAUCAGCAAGAGCGAGCGGAAGAAGCUAUGCCGGUUGAUGGACUGCAAGAAGCUAUCGGCUGAGGCGUGCAUGCACGCCGUCCAGAACGAGAGGCUCCCUCUACGCGUGGUGGUGCAGGUGCUCUUCUUCGAGCAAGUCCGGGCUUCUGCUUCCUCCGGGAGCAGCACCCCGGACCUGCCCAAAGCCAUCAAGGACCUCAACUGCAGCUCCUACGGCAGUUCAAGGUCGCAGACUACCAACACCGACGAGGACUGGGACGCUGUUGCCUCAUCGGAGGAGCUGAGAGCGCUGAGAGGUGAGCUGGCCGCGCUGAGGCUGGGCAACGGAGCGGUGCAGGAGAGGAGCAACGGAGCUGUGGAGAGCAAGGCUGCCAUCAGUAAGAUGAAGGGUCUGAUAAUGUCUAAGAGGAUCUUCUCGAAGAUUUGGUCGAACAAGGCGGCACAGGAGAACAGCGGGUCGGAUUCAUCGGAGAGUCUCGGCUCGGCCAACCACGACGAGGUGAAGUCGACACCCACGAGGAAAGGGAGGCAUUCUGUUUCUUAGAGAAGAAAUGAUCUGAUUUUUACUUGAUAGUAUUUUUUUUUGGGGAAGAUUACCAGUGGCUGUUGAUGGGGUUUUAGCUUGUUACAAGAUUAGUUUGGGAUCUAUUUAAGUGGAGAAUUUAGCAUCUAGUCUAAGUCUAGUGCAGUAAAUGCUGUCUAUCAGCUACUGUUGUGCUCUCAAACAAAACAACUCACAGACUCGUCUUAUCAUAACAGAUUCAUGUAAAAAUUUAUUCCUUUGCACCCA